AUGUUAGCAUUAGGGAGCGCUCAACAGUUCGCUGUCCAUCAAGCUACUUUGCACUCUCAAGAGUUUCACGCCAAGGCAAAACAAAUGGUUGAAGGUGACUGGCAGCGUUUACUGGUCAACGGAAUCGUUGAAAAUUGUGUUGGAAGAAACUUUGCUGGUCAUGGUCCAGUGUUAGCUGGUGGCUUAUGCUUUGAUCACCAGAAUACGCAUCGAUCGGGAAAAUGGUCUCGUUUUGACGAUGUUUCAUUUGUGUUGCCAAGCAUUCAGUUCACCCAUGAAGACAAUCAAACUUAUAUUACAUUCAAUACUGUCAUCACGAACUGCACCAACUUAGAACAAGAAAUGCAGUUGAUCGACUCAGAAAUAAUUACACUACUAGAAAUCUGCCAUAAAUUAUUGAAGGGAGCAAAACAAUAUGCAGAUGACAUUUCCAAACCACCGUGCGAUCUAAAAUCAGUGCUGCUGUCGGAUCCUUGGAAAGAAACUGUUCGUGAUACGAUUACGAAUAUUAGGGUAGGUGAUCUGGAGAAAGUAAUAUUAGUGCGUGAAACCGAGUUCGCAACUGAUUUGCCAAAGAUAACGAAUCAUGUUACUCAGUCCUUUACGCGUCUCUGUACAUUGUACCCAUCUUCUUAUGUAUUUGGUGUUUUACGACAUGGCAGUUGUUUUUCUGGUGUUACAUCGCCACCAGUAGUGCGAUUAGUUGAAAAUCAACUUGAAGUCGCUGCUCUGACUAGUACAGACAUGGGUAAAAACAACGAAAAUGAGCCAUUCAGUUCCAGCCAACAACAACGCGAGCACGAUUUGGUACUUGACUUUGUCAAACAUAAAUUACAACCGAUCAUAGAGGGAAACUCAGUGAUGGUAUCGGUCAAAUCAACAACUUUGAAACUGGCGGCUAAUGGACGGCAUGUAUACGCCCUGGUGCGAGGCACGACUCGAAGAGAGACAACAUUGUUGGAUUUAGUCCAAGCUCUGCAUCCCAUGCCAGCAGUCAGUGGCUUACCGCAAUCGGAUGCACUGAAACUUCUUCGAGAGAAGGAAAGUCUGGACCGCGGCUGA